CGUAACAAAAUGUAGAAAAAGGGCAGGGGUCUGAAUACUUUCCGAAUGCACUUGUAGGCCUACAGACAAACAGAAGAAAACGUUGGAGGAUCAAGGCUUGAAUACGCCUAUAGGCCUAGGUCAGAACAUGGUCUGUAAUGUUCUAACAGGCGUUUGCCUUUGUCAUGCACACAGUAACACCAUUCAAGAAGGCCCUAGAGGCUAGUUCUUUUUCAAUGACUUUCGGAUCCCUACAGUCCUGCAGGCCAGUUCAGUGUUUUUCCACUUACUAUGUAAAGAUGUGUUGCCUGGUUAUUACCUGUGCACGCGAUUAACUGCCAAUGUUUUCCUUAAAAAAAAAAUGUAAUCAUUUAAAGAUCUAACCUCAAGUACAGUGUUAGAGAGGCAAGCUCGAGUGCCAAAGCUUUUAAAGGAUUUAAAAUAAAAUGGUUUCGUCUCCUUGGAAAUUCCUCGCCGUUUGCACAUUAUACGCUGUUAAGCCUGGGGGCUUCAUUGCACAGUUCAUCAGUAUUUGCUUUGCACUGAAGGCUGCUGUCAGCAAUGGUGCCAACUGUUUGGCAUUCUAUAACUAUCAGCACAGCAGUGGUGGCACAACAGUCUACAAUAUUUCAGUUUCUCUGUAGUUUUAUAUAACCUUCUACAAACACAUUUUUGCAAAGAUGCAAAAUAAAAGGGCUUAUAUUCACCAAAACCCACCGCCUCAGUUUACAAACAAGUGCAUGGGCAGCACUUUUGACUGGAAAUUGAAGAUUAAUACAGUGAGUGAUGACUAUUCACUGACUAAAUAGAUGAAACAUUGUUGACAGACAUGCUUUACUCUCACACUGCCACACCAUAUUAUAAUUCACCCAACCAAAGGUAAUCAGAUAUUUGAUUGAGUCUUUUAGAUGUUUAGAAGUCCACAUCGUUAGAAGUGUGAAACCCCCUGGGAUCAACACAGAGCUCCAAGGUUAAGGUGCCGUUGUCGGGAUCGGCACAGUCAAAGAGUUUUGAAUUGGCAAACGCAUCUAAGAUCUCCCCAUAUCUCAGAGUUGUGUUGGGUAUUGCGCUCUCCUGUUACAUCAUGUCAACUCAGGAAAUUACCCCUGUUCCACGCGUUUAAAAACAUAUUUAGCUCCAAGCGCCUAUCGAGGUCAAAAUCAAAUUGCGAUUGUUAUUAACGGGCACCAGGCGCGGACAGACACUCGGUUGCGUGUGACAAUCCAAGGGAAACCAAAUGGUGCAGCAUGUGUCUGUGUAAUCUGCUCUGUUGCGAGGGUCAUAGUGUGUGUGUGGUGUGUGUGCGUGUGCGUAUACAUAGAGGCUGAGGCAGAAAGGGUCCCUAGCCAAACAGUUGGUGAACAGCCAUCUGUUUUACCCUCAGAAAGCUCACACACAGUCCAAUGAAAGAGCGGGAGGAGGAGGAGGAGGAGAGAGAGAUAAUAGAUAGAGAAAUUCACACUGACUGUUUCACACCCAUCGAACCCCCCCAGGGAACAGCUAAUGUGCAGCCAUAUGUCAGCCGACCUGCAUUAUCCAUCACUAAGCAUUCAAUGUGAUAGGGACGGCUGACAGCUGUAUGUGAGCCAUUGCAACUGUGUGUGUGUGUGUGUCUCUGUCUUGGUGUGUGUGUGAUUUUAAUUUGUGUUGUAGUCUUGUUGAGUAUUUGUGUGUUUGCUUAAAUCAUGGGUUCAUUGGGUUGCAAUCGUGUGUGUGUGUGUGUGUGUGCACUUUUUCUGUAUUUCUUUGUGUAUAAUGUGUGCAUUCCUCUCAGCUGUAGGUAUGGACUCCUCCCUCUACUUGUGCUCUACCUGCUACCAGAUAUUCAACUCUCUGGAGGUGGUGAUCUCUCAUCAGCUCACCUGCCAACCUGUCAACACAGAGGAGACGGUCCCUGCAGCGCCACCUACAGCACAGACCGAGAGCUCCAGAGUGGUGCUUCAGUCUCAGAAUGGACCAUCCCAGCACCAAGAGAGAAACCAAAAGAGAACCUUCAUGACGAACCCAAACCUGCCCUACCUGCACUCCCUCAUAGAGAAGAGAGCGACUGGAAGUCCGACCGGUUCCAACAGCCCUCAGAACCAGACCCAAACGCAAAACCUGACUAGCCCGGCCCUGCUCAUCCACUAUCAGUGUAGGGAAUGUGAGGCGUUGUUUGAGUCCCUGGAGCUGUGGCAGAAGCACAGCAAGCUGGGUGACUGUUCUGCAACCACUGGGUCAGAACCAAGGGACCAGGAAAUGGACACAGAGUGUCAGCCUGCUGCCUGUAGUUCCAAUCCAACUGCUUCCUUCUCGAGCCAGACCUCCUUCUGUGCGGCCUGUGGCUCGGGCUUCAGCACCGAGUCGGCGCUAAAGCUGCACCGUGUGGCCAUCCACGGCUUGCCGGGGGCGCUACAUCACUGUGACGUGUGUGGAGAGAGCUUUAUGAACACUACCAAGUACCUCUACCACCGCAGGCAGCAUCGAGACAGAAGGGAAAAGGACUCGGAGGGCUCCACACCCCGGGUGGAGUGCAUUUUACCUAAGCCUCUGUUCCAGUGGAAAAGCAACAGUGCUGUGGUGAAUGGCGGAGAAGAGACCCCGACCCAUCCACCCCUCACUACCACCACCCUCCCUGACCCUUCCAUCUCCCUACUGGCCCUGGAAACAACACCCGGGGACCACUUCGGACCGUGCCCCCACUGCGGGCGUUUCUUCAAGAGCUGCAGCCGCAUGCGCACCCACAUCCAGGCCCACUCAGGCCUCAAGCCGUUUAAGUGUGACCUCUGCCCCAAGACGUUCGCCUACAACAGAUGCGUGGCGCGCCACCGUAUCACCCACAGCGCCCGCAAGCCUUACACCUGCCUGCGCUGCGGCAAGAGCUACACACUGUUGGGCUCGCUCCAGACCCACCACCUACUACACGAACGCCAGGAUGCCUUGAACAAAGAUGGUGUUGUGGUCAAGGAGGAGGUUUGCGGUGUGGUCAAUGAUGCAGAGUCAAAGAACUCAAAGUACCCAACGUUUUUUCGAUACAAAUGCCCCGAUUGUCCACGCUGCUUCCGAAUGUCAUCUCAGGUGCCGGUUCACAGAUACUCUCACACAGGGAAGUAUCCGUUCACCUGCUCCAUCUGUGGAGAACACUUCUUCCACAAGAGCAGGCUGAAGCUUCAUGCUCUCACACACGAUGGUCAGAGUAAUACUAAUAGAGUGGUGGACAUAGGCCUGGUUAAGGGAACAGGCCAGGGUAGAGGCCGUGGCCAAGGCGGAAGGCGGGACAAGACCACAGGGCUUCUGGACUGUGAGUUCUGCCGCCAUCGCUGUGUCACCAAGGAAGGCCUGGACCUCCACAGAUUGUCCCACGCCGGACAGACCCCCUUACGCUGCCCGAUGACCCCCUGCAGACGGCGCUAUGCAACGGCCGCCUCCCUGGAAGAGCACCUCCUUACCCACUGCCCGGCGCCCGGGGACACGGUGGCCGCCGCCGACCUCCCCAAGCCCCGUCCCUUCCACUGCCAUCACUGUGGGAAGUACUUCACCACCGGCUCAUCACUCAGCGUCCACCUUAGAGUCCACACGGGGGAGAAGCCCUUUCAGUGCUCCCAAUGUUGGAAGAGUUUCCGACAGAUCCCUCACCUGCGCGACCACGAGCGUCUGCACAGCGGCGAGCGUCCCUUCGUCUGCGGUGUCUGUGGCAAGAGCUUCGUCCUGGCCGCCCGCCUCACUGAGCACGCCCGCACUCACAGUGGCGAGAAACCAUUCUCCUGCCCUGUGUGCCACCGGGCCUUCCGCUCCCUCUCCAACCUGGGAAAGCACCGCAAGACCCACCGCUGCUGCCCCCCCACACAGCCACAAGAGGGCAUCAGCGAGCAGACCGCUGUCCUAGGGGUCAAAAUUCAGGGGAAUAUGGACAAUAUGGAGGGUCAGGCGGCCGUGCGUACGAUCUUACUUGUUCAGCCCCAAGUGGUCUCUCAGGGAGGAUAUUCUUCCGUAUCUGCUCCCCUCAUCCUCCUGCACCCCUCAGUUGCUGUGGGCAACGGGCAGGCCGGGGCUGUGGGGGGCACCAUUAUGCGGCAUGCCAUCGAGGUCAUCGUGGAGCAGGCUGGUGAGCAGCGGGUGAAAAGUUGAUGUAACUUCACUGGUGAGACAUUUCACAAGAGGCUGCCAAGGUCACCUGGAUGAAAAUCAUUUCUGAGAAGAACUGUCACAAUCUAAAAGGAGGAUAAGAAGUGGGUGGAGAGCAGGGAGUGAGGGGAACGGAGUGAAGUGGGACUUGAAUAAAUAAAAUGUGAAGGAAUGGUGCGGUGUUAGGAUUACGAGGAUCAGUUUUCAAUUUAAGUACAGAUGUAUAGAAUGGUUUGAAGUAAGUUACUUCUAAUAGAAUGUUUUUGAGCCUGUGUUCAAUCUCAAUUUGACAGAGUGCCUUCAAAAUCUGUUGUAUUUCUUUGAAUAAAAUGCUCUCUUUCCA